AUGUCCGAUGCUGCGCCGCAGAGCCCAGCGGUCGACCUCUCGUCCAACGUGGAGCACCCGUCCGCGAGCAGCGCGCAGACCGACAUGACCAAGUUCGACCUGGACGACCUGCUCCAGCAUGAGGCAUCUACUAUUAUGGACUCGGCCAAGGGCUCGAUGGAUACCCUUGAGAGCAUCCUCGCUGACAAGAUGCGUGCUCUCUCUACCACGCCCAUCGCAGGCCCCAGCGCCCCCAGCGCGGCCGCGGCUGACGAGCCCGACGGCAAUGCCGACGCGAUUUGGACUACGCUGAAGGAUAACAAUUUCGAUUUCAAGGCUCGUGCGGAGAAGGGCAACUCAUUUGCGAAUAAGUUCGCCGACUACCUGAAGACUAACCCAGCUGAUGCAGCUACAUACAAGUCCAUGAAGAAGGUCGGCCGUGACGCUCAGGCCAAGAUGAGGCGCGAUUGGGCCAAAGGCGAGUACCAGAUCUUCGUCGAAGAGAAGUUGGAGAGGAAGGUGCUUUCGACCAAGAGCUUCAGCAAGGCGAAGUACCGCUCCCUCGGCUCGAUCGCGGAAGCGGAGGGCUUCCUCGCCACGCCCAAGAGGGCCAUGCAGAGCGCCAUCAACUACGCGUUGCAGUGCGUCGUUCUCGGCUUUCCGUGGUACAAACAUGAUGGCUGGGUGAGGGAAGAAGGCUUCGAGGACUCGUUCACGCGCGAGUGGGAGGAGAAGAAGACCCGCUGGAAGGACACGCCCAUCGUCCAGGACGGCGGCGGUUCCGCGGCGGACAGCGGCGGCUCCGCGGUGGGCGGCCAUCCAGCUGCGCCUGGCGGCGACGCUGGCGCAGAUGCCAGUGCCGGUGGAGCACAGGCGGGUCCAAGUGCAGGCGCGGCGGGCAGCAGCGGCUCCGCGGCGGGCGGCCUCGAGGCGAUCGGCAAGGGAAUCGUGCAUACAAAGGCGGGGGUAGCUCUCGCCGCUGCAGAAGUUCCUGCGGAUGACGAGCUGCAUCCAGCUGACGGGCCAGGUGUGAAGCGCGGUGGUGAAGACCUCGAACCGCUUGUAGUGGACAAGAAGGAGAAGAAGGUGAAGCUGAUGCCACCCGAGUCGCUCUGGAAGAUUACCAAGGGGUCCUACGGCUUGGCCUUAGCGACGUCGACCAUGCUGAGGCAGGACAUCGAGCGCGACAUG